AUGAACAUGGUUCCAUCAUUCUCAUAAAUUGUUGCAGAGGAAGAAACUGAUCCAUAUCGUAUCCCGACUAAGCAAAACAUGAGGAUGGCAUUGUAUUGGCUCGUACAGGGAUGCACAGCAGGCGACUCACUUGUCUUUCACUACUCGGGUCAUGGUUCGCGUCAAAGAAACUACAACGGUGAUGAAGUUGAUGGCUAUGAUGAAACACUCUGUCCCCUUGAUUUUGAAACUCAGGGGAUGAUUGUAGAUGAUGAGAUCAACGCUACCAUUGUGCGUCCUCUUCCCCAUGGUGCCAAACUCCAUUCAAUUAUCGAUGCUUGCCAUAGUGGCACCGUCCUGGAUUUACCCUUCCUAUGCAGAAUGAACAGAGCUGGGCAGUAUGUGUGGGAGGAUCAUCGCCCUAGGUCAGGUUUGUGGAAAGGAACAGCUGGUGGGGAAGCCAUAUCGAUCAGUGGAUGUGAUGAUGACCAGACUUCGGCAGACACAUCAGCGCUGUCAAAGAUCACGUCUACAGGUGCUAUGACAUUCUGUUUUAUUCAAGCGAUAGAACGCAGCACACAAGGCACAACCUAUGGAAGCAUUCUGAAUUCGAUGCGCACCACAAUAAGGAAUACAGGGAAUGAUGGUGGUGGUAUUGGUGGUAGUGGAGUUGUUACGACUGUGCUAAGCAUGCUUCUGACAGGGGGAAGUGCAAUUGGGGGAUUAAGACAGGAGCCUCAGCUAACUGCUUGUCAACCAUUCGAUGUCUAUGCAAAGCCUUUCAUUCUCUAGUAAAGACAACUCACUUUUUAUGUAUAGCGAGUGCGAUUAAAUUCUGUCCAUUUAACCAGUUGUUACUAUUUUUUUUCUUUCCAAAGAAUAAAGGAAAACAUUGACUUGGUGCUUCA